UCAGCUGUGUUAUUAAACAAUCAGAUCUGUUUCCAUGGAGACUGAAGAAUUGGAAGAGAUGGAAAGACACAAUGGGAAAUCAGCCAAUGGUUUCAGGAAGGAUAGUUCUCCACAGGCAGUAUCAUGCCUGGACUUGAACUGUGAACAUGACGAAUCACAGACUUCUGAUCAUAUGACUGAGAAGGAUUCGCAGGCACACUAUAUUCCUAUUAGAAGGAAUUCCAGAUACUAUCGCUCCUUCAGACUUCAGAACAGAGGGAGAGGGAGAAGUUAUAAGGAGAUUCAAACAGAGCAUGUUGAAGGCUCGUUAAAAAAUGGUAGCACCAGGAAUGAGCUUCUGAACAAAGAUGAACUGUUACGCAUAUUCCACAAGGGUCUGUCUCUACAUUUAAAGCCAAAUAUGACAACUGCAGAAGAACAAUGGCUUCAAAGACUGCUCCCUUCCUACCCCGGUUACCGUGGCAACCGCCCGGACUCCCCCAGCCCCGCGCCUGCUGCGGAAUCGCUCCGUAGCAGCAGCAGCAGCCGCCGCUCGCUGCCGGACUCGCUGCUACUGUCGCUGCCGUCGUCUCCGCCGCCUCGCAUGGAGCUGCUGGCUGCCGCGCUCAGCGCCGCCUGUGCUUUGGACCAUGAAGGCUCCUCCGCUGAAAGCGUGGCCGGAGCCCGCUCGGCUGGCAGUGAAUCCCCUUCCAUGGCUGGACCAAUUCCCAUUCCUGAAGAGAGCCCUGGGCUUCAAGACUGUCCUGCUGCUUUCCCAGAGGGCCUGCAAAUGAUUCACCCUAUGACAGCGGACUCCUGGAAAAACUUCAUUGAGCAAAUAGGGCUCUUAUAUCAAGAAUAUCGGGAUAAAUCCACACGUCAGGAGAUAGAAACUAGGCGGCUACAGGAUUCACAGACAGAUACUGAAGAGUGCGCAACUAUUGAGGAGACACCAUCAAGAAAAGAAGUUACAGAUACAGUGGAAAACAAGGCUGUUCCCCAGAUUAACCUGUUCAGAAACUCCACUUCCAGAUUUAAUUUAUGGCAAGAUCUUCCAGAAGUCAGAAGCAGUGGUGUUCUGAAUAUUCUCCAGCCAGAUGAGAUCAAACUUCAAGAGGCCAUGUUUGAACUGGUCACUUCAGAAGCUUCAUACUACAAAAGCCUGAACCUGCUGAUAUAUCAUUUCAUGGAAAAUGAGAGAUUGAAAAAGAUUCUACAUCCCUCAGAGGCUCAUAUCCUCUUCUCCAAUGUCCUGGAUGUCAUGGCAGUCAGUGAGCGUUUUCUCUUGGAUCUUGAGAAGCGAGUAGAAGAGAACAUUGUGAUAUCAGAUAUCUGCGAUAUUGUCUAUCAUCAUACUAUUAACCAUUUCUCGGUUUAUGUAACCUAUGUCUCCAACCAGACAUAUCAGGAGAGAGCUUACAAACAACUUCUCCAGGACAAGCCAGCUUUCCGGGAAGUAAUCUCGCAGUUGGAAAUGGAUCCCAAAUGCAAAGGCCUGCCUUUCUCAUCCUUCUUGAUUUUGCCUUUUCAAAGGAUCACUAGACUGAAGCUGCUGGUACAGAAUAUUCUGAAGAAAGUAGAAGAAAAAUCAGAACGAGAAAUCACUGCCCUUGAAGCACACAAGGAAUUGGAAACAGUGGUGAAGGCAUGCAAUGAAGGAGUUAGGAAGAUGAGCCGUACAGAACAGAUGAUCAGCAUCCAGAAGAAGUUGGAAUUUAAGAUCAAGUCUGUUCCCAUCAUCUCUCAUUCCCGUUGGCUGCUAAAGCAGGGGGAUCUACAGCAAAUGAAUGGCCCCAAAACAUCACGUACCCUCCGGACAAAGAAACUCUUCAGAGAAAUUUACUUGUUUCUCUUCAAUGAUUUGCUAGUACUCUGCAGGCAAAUUUCUGGUGACAAAUACCAAGUGUUUGAUUCUGCUCCCCGAGGGCUUCUUCGGGUGGAGGAGCUGGAGGACCAGGGACAGAGCUUGGCCAACGUCUUCAUCCUGAGGCUGCUGGAAAAUGCAGAUGAUCGUGAAGUCAGCUAUAUGCUAAAAGCAUCAUCCCAAAGUGAGAUGAAGCGUUGGAUGAUCUUGCUGGCUCCAAAUCGACGAACCAAGUUUGUUUCCUUUACUUCCAGGCUGAUGGAUUGCCCCCAAAUACAGUGUGUCCAUCCUUAUGUGGCUCAGCAGCCAGAUGAACUGUCACUGGAACUGGCUGAUGUAUUGAACAUCCUGGAAAAGACAGAUGAUGGUUGGAUAUUUGGGGAACGUUUGCAUGAUCAGGAAAGAGGCUGGUUCCCCAGCUCCAUGGGUGAGGAAAUCCUGAACCCCAAGAUACGAUCCCAGAAUCUAAAGGAGUGUUUCCGUGUGCACAAGACGGAUGACAGUCAGCGAAGAAAGCUAGGCAGCAGAAACAAACAAUGAUUA